GUAUCCUUAUUUUUCGGCUUAUAAAGCAGCUCGCCUAUGGUGAAAAUUCGGCUCUAUCUAAACGUUCUCGAGUCACUGCCUGGUUGAAAAUUGUAUGCUACCAACGAAUAUGAGUACUGAAGCAGUUUUUCUGAAACCACGUGCACCAUUCAAACUGGCUGCCUUCAACGUUCGCACACUUAUGCAGGUCGGACAACAGAUGGAGUUGGCUAUGUCUUUGGAAAGUCUUAAUAUUGAUGUGUGUUGUUUAUCCGAAACCCUUAUUCAAGACUCUGGUGAAGUACUACAAGUUCGCUCUCCAUUUGUCGCUUCAAAAAGCUUGUUUUGCGUGCAUUUAUUCGGGGACCCUGUGGCAUCUUCCUCUGGUCUUGCUGGCGUUGGUGUCGCACUAAGCGCUAGAGCUGAGGCAGCACUGGUUCCUUACAACUCAUUGUAGCCCGUCGGUCUACUCCGGGUGACCGUGAGUUUGGCCACAUACAAAGGAUGUUACGUAAUGAAAUCGGG